AUUGCCAAUACUGGUUGCAUUAGGCAUUGCUUGCAACAUAUCGCAACGUAUCGCAUAGCAUCGCAUCGAUGCGCAAUCCAUCUUCCGGACUGGCCCACCACUAAACUUUUGCUAAUUACUUGAUCUUGUAAUAAUAGUUAUCAUCUUCCCACUAACUACAGCCACUACAGCUACAACAGCCGCCAAUGACGAUCCAUCUCACCCUUUCUCAUACAAAAAUAGUCUCCACUCCACUCCACUCCUUCAACACCCCGGCCAAAGCCACACCCAGCGUUCAGGAACCUUUCGCGUUGCCUGGCUUGCUCCUAGUUCGUCCUGCCAGCUUCCGUCCUGCCUCGUUCUCAAAUCAUCAUCAUUAUCAUCAUCAAGAUUCCUUUCUUUUCCUUCUCCCCUCCCGACCACACCUUUCCCUUCUCGCCGUACCAUCGAAGCUAGAGAUCCCCGCCGGUCCUACUAUCAUUUCACUCGUUCCUCGCCGUCGUGGCGUCCGGCCCAAUUCCCCUUUGACCUUUUCUCUUUUUGUCUUUUCUCUCUUUUUCUCUUCUCAUCUCUCUCUCCCUUUCUUUUCUCAUUACACACUCGCACGCACGCACCCCUUCCGCCGUCAUAUGCCCUGAGCCAUUCCAAUGUGGCUGUCCUCCCUGGCGUCCUCCUCACUUCCGAUGCUCCAUCACGACUCUGUCAUCUGCUAACGACUCCCUCUCUUACCACAUUACUGCACAUCCUUCUCUUUCCUUUUCUCCAUCCGUCCAUCCAACUCGUAACAGCUCUCCCUUGCCCCCACUCGCCAGCCCUAUCUCGACUGGCCACUCACCUCUCUUCUUUCAUCUCCGGAUCCCGCCUGCACCUGCAUC